GGAGGCUUGCAACCAUGGCGGGUAAGGGCCGUGGAGUAGCUGCCUUUACCUUCAACAUUGAGGCUCUGGGCAUCGGCAGGGGCAGCAUGCCAGAAGCCAGGGUGGGGCCCAGUCCGCUGUUUCCAAACACAGACUUCAAGCCAGUUCCACUGAAAGCUGGGGAGGAUGAGGAUUACAUGCUGGCUUUGAAACAGGAGAUGAGGGGAACAAUGCAACGGCUGCCACACAACAUCAAGCCUCUGUCCAAAAAGGCAGACGUGGAGCGAUACACAGAGAGAUACCUGAAGCAAUGGCAGCUGGAGGAUGAUGCGUGGACUCCAGACUGGAGCCUUUUCCCAAAAGAAUUGAUGCCACAGAAGAAAAAACCCCGGGUUAAAGCAGACACAAAGAAGAAAAUUGUGAAGAUAUCACCCAAAGAGACACAGGAUGUGCUGAGUAAACUAGAUGAACUGGAAAAGAAAGAUGAUGGGAACCCUGACAAAUCUGAUGAUGAGGGCAAAAAGAAAACAGGGAAAGAGGAAGGCGAAGAGGAGGAAAUUGAAGCGGAAGAAUAUGAAGAAGAAGACGUCGAAGAGGACAACGACUACAUUGAAAGCUACUUUGACAAUGGUGAAGACUUUGGUGCAGACAGUGACGACAAUAUGGAUGGUGAAGCAACAUACUGAGACUGUCACCUCAACCAUGCAUCGUUAAAGUGAACAAUAACC